AAACGAAGGGAAGUAACUCUUAGAAAAAACAGAAUGCUGUGCUCGCUGGUUGACAUAUUGGUAUCUAAUAUGUCCCUCUAAUACGUAUACCUGCAGAAUGUCCUUAGAGCUCGAAGUUUCCUUGUCUCUACCCGAGAAAAUGGCAUCAAGCCAACUGAGCCUUAAUGACUACAUAGGAUCAAAAGAAGAGACAAUCGCUAAGCGAUAUUUGAAAAUGAUUACCACUGAAAAUGAUUUCCCCCCUCAUGGAACGUGUGGAUUCUACAAUUUAAUUAUAAAAACUAGUAAUGCUGACCAGGGAACAUGUUUCACUGAUGCCAUGAUUAAUCUUCAACUAAUCGAUGAUUGUCGUAAGGCAGUCCGUCAACAUUAUGAAUAUGGAUUUCCAAAAUGUGCCCUGGUUUUCAUGAAAGACAUAGUGAAUGUAUCUAUUCUAAAAGCAUUUGUAGCUGAUGGCAUAAAAGCAAUUGAGAAAUACACUGACUCUCGGCAAGCUUUCUUGGCGUUGUUGAAAUUCCUUUAUGAUAAAGGAAGACAUGAACAGUCAAUUAAGAAACUUAUCACAAGUAAUUCUACAGCUGGAAAUAAAAAGACAAAUAUAAUGGAUGCAUUGGCCCAUCACCUCUUUUCCCAGUUGAUACCAGACAAGAAGUAUGGGGUUGAUAAAUAUGCAAACAAUGUUCCCAGAGAGUGUGGCUGUGGCUGUCAGGCACAGAUUUGUGAAGGAAACACGUCAAUGGGGUCCCAGGACACAUGGCAUGGCAGAGUAGAUAUCCUACUAAACCGCACCAUUGCUGUAGCAGUUAGGGAAGAAGUCAGCAAUGUUGAAAAGGAUAAAGACGAUGACACAGAUGAAGAUGGCGAUAUAGAUGAAGAUGGUGAUACAGAUAAAGAUGGUGAUAUAGAUGAAGAUGGUGAUAUAGAUAAAGAUGGUGAUAUAGAUGAAGAUGGUGAUAUAGAUGAAGACGAUGACACAGAUGAAGAUG